AUGCGCAAAAGAUCUCGGUUACCUCACGAAUACACAAAGCCAGUUACUUACUGGGGCACAGGUAGUUUCCAGAAGCUUAAGAAAUACAUCGACAAUGGGGGUGACCUCAACUGGCGGUUUGCCUAUGGCGAUACGUGGGCCGAGAGAGUCACCGAGUUGCAAACACGAUGCAACCCGCUUCGUAAAAACACCCCAAUCGGGCGAGUUGGUAGGUAA